ACCUGUGUUUCUGCUAUUCUUCCAUGAUAAUGUUUAGGCAAAGAUGCUUCACUGAUGAUACAUGCACGUAUCUUUUCUCUUUCAGUGAAAAAGUCGCUGUCUUUAAAAACAUGGCGUUCAGGCCGAUCUGCUCUAAAUGUUUUCUAGUACGUCACAAACAACAUUGAGGUCCAACUAGGGAACCAGUUGGACGAGUCUUGAAUGGAACCAGGUGAGGUUGUGAAGAGAAUCCCUGCUCUGCUUCUACAUUCUUCACCAGUUGUAUCCAGCUGUGUUCACAGACACAAACAAGUUAACCUCGGAGCCAGUUUGGCCUUUUUCAGGCGACUCCUGCAAGAAUUUGCCACCCCUCACGUGGUGCGCCUUGAAGCAGCCUAUCCCGGAGGAGGUCCCGGGUGCCCACGCUCUGUUUCAAGCAUAAAAACCCCGGCGGUUUGGGCUCCUUACGUCAGUCAACACCAGUCAAACAAAAGGCAAGAUGACUACUCUCUCAGCUAAGGACAAGGACAGAGUCAAAGCCUUCUGGGCCAAAAUCGCCCCGAAGUCCGAGGAUAUCGGCGCGGAGGCUUUGUCCAGGAUGCUGAUUGUGUACCCUCAGACCAAGACUUACUUCGCCCACUGGAAGGACCAGAGCCCCACCUCCCCUUCUGCCAGGAAGCACGGAAUUACUGUGAUGGGUGGAAUUGCAGAUGCUGUGACCAAAAUCGACGACCUGAAGGGAGGUCUCCUGACCCUCAGUGAGCUGCAUGCCUUCACUCUGCGUGUGGACCCUGCCAACUUCAAGAUUGCCUCGCACUGCAUCAUGGUGGUCUUGGCCGCUAUGUUCCCCAACGACUUCACCCCUGAGGUGCAUGUGUCCUUUGACAAGUUCCUGGCUGCUCUGGCUUUGGCCCUGUCUGAGAAAUACCGAUAAACAGCAGAUGACGGAGCCUGCAGCACGAGCUCACACAUUGCAUGAUGAUUAAUAAAUGCAUUGAUGCAAAAACAA